AUGCUACUUCAAUCAAAGAAACAAAAGCUAAAUAAAGCCAAAAAGCAACAGCACGAGUCAACUUCAGGAGCGAGCAGGGAAAUUGCUUCUGAGGGCACAACUUCGUCUUGUGGAGUGAUAAGGAAAUCUGAUAGUAUCCUGUCGCCGCAUUUGUCAGUAUUCCAAGCCCUUCACAAUCCUGAAUUGGAACUUGAUCUUUCCGCUUUGCAAAAUGGCCCUGUACAACGAAUUCCUACGCCGCUAAAUUUAAACCCCGAACUCGAUGCUUACAACAAUUCCUAUAGAAACGAGGAUUUUUCUAUAACGUCAUGGCAAUCAAUACCCUCCAGCUUUGGGUUUGCUGACUCAAAUGCUUCGCCCGCAAAUAGGGUAUUGCGCAGUACUGCUAAGCUCAACAGUCCAAACAUAGGUUCAAUUCUCUCUAGCUCCGAUAACGAAGAGCGCAAUCUAGAGGAUAUAAGCGUGCAACAUCCGACUCAUCAAGUGCUUGUUUUCGACUCUGAGUCAUUUUCCGAGUCUUCGGACGAUGAGCAGGAUACGAUCGAGCUGUCCACGGCGGCGCCCUCCUUUGUCAUGCCCCGAGUUUCCGUUUCUGGCUUGAGUGGAAACGAGGUCGUUUUUCAUGACAAGGUUAGGAUUCAUGUUGUUGGAUAUGAAAAAGAAGUGCUCCUUUCACGUCUAAGCAAGUACCGCAAAACGCUCAACCGGAUUGUUUUCACGGACUCGAAUCCAUCGAUAAUGAUUGUGGUCGUGAAGGACGAUAACUAUUUGCUUUCCGAUGUUGUGGACAAGCCAUUUGUUCCAUUGCUAACGGGAAUCAAUGUUGACUUGGCAUUAUUCAAAAAGUCUUUUCCCAAGAAUCUGAUGAUUUGCGAACCGAUCCAGUUACAGGCAAUUACAGAUGAUUUGAUGCCAUUUAUUGAAUUCCUAACGAACUUGCAAGUGUCGGGAUGCGACUUCAAUAAAGUGCUAGAACUUUCUAUUUCGCAAUACUCCAUGACAAAUCAGCAUCUUUCUAUGGAGAAGGUCAACUCAAUUCUCCUUGAUAAUUCAGCAAAGCAACUACGAAGCAGAUCCAUACACAAAGAGCCGGGUGAUCCAGAGAAAAAGAAGUUUUGCCCGAAGCUACACCGACAUGGAUUGUUCUUGGGAUUGACCGUGGGAAUGAUGAGUCUUGCCGUUUUGAUGAUAUGGAAAGAAAUGGCAUCCAAUGCAGAUACCAAUAAACUGGAAAGCUCAACUCGAGUUCACCAAUUUGUUGUAAAUCCCAAAGAUGUGAUACAUUCGGAAUGCGGCAGAGGCAAGCUCGAUCGACAGACUAUAGCAUAUUCGGUGGGCUCCCUGUGUGAUUCCGCCAUGAAGGGCUCGAUAGAGGCCUGGGAAUUCAUCAAGACCGAUCUGGAUGCCUUAGGGAAGCUGUUAAUAAACUCGAGCUAUUUUCUCAUUGAAAGAACAAAGCUUACCUUGCUGCGGAUUAUGGAGAUGACCGAGCAAGUGCUGUCAUACUGA